UUCCCAGUUCCCGCCACACUAGCAUUCCACUCUCUCUUGGAAGCCUCUCUCUCUCUCUCUCUAGGGUUUUUGCUGAGAAUAGGAAAAAUGGCUCCAUCAACACGGAUUUUCGGCGAGGCCUGCCGCGUCCUGAUGGCAGCAGCGAAGAGUUCGACCUCAUCCACUUCCCCGGCCACUGCCGCCGCUCCCAAAAAGGGGAUUCUAAAAUCGGUGCCGGUUUCCCCUGCUCUCGGGAAGUUCCUCGGUGCCUCCGAAGCCUCUCGCACAGACGCCGUCAAGAAAGUCUGGGAACAUAUCAAAGCCCAUAACCUUCAGAACCCCACCAACAAGAAAGAGAUAAAUUGUGAUGAGAAGUUGAAGGCUAUAUUCAAUGGAAGAGACAAGGUUGGGUUUCUGGAGAUUGCCAAGCUGCUCUCCCAGCAUUUUCAAAAGGCAGCUUAAGUUGUUACAUGCGAUUGUGUAAACAUUAGAUGGUAAUUCUUGAUGAUUAACUCCUAUACUUGAUUUGAAGUGGCCAUUUCACCUUUACCUUUCACCUUUCUACAAUCCGGGUCUAAUCAACUUGGACUCCAUUUUGUAUGAUGAAUUUGUUUUUCUUUAAUGACAAAAAUAUUAGGUUUAUAGGGUUGAUAACUUGAUUUGCUAAGGGAAUCUAGCAAGGAAAUAGUUAUUGAUCACCAUGACCUAGGUUUUUUUUUUCUUUGUUAAA